AUGGUGUCCCACCAGCCCCACUCCUUGGAGAAGGUCUCCAGCAGCUGCGACUAUGUCUUCGUCAGCGGGAAGGAGUCGCGAGGCUCCAUGAGCGCCCGGGUCACCUUCAGCUACGAGCACCUCUCUGCCCCGCUGGAGAUGACGGUGUGGGUGCCCAAACUGCCGCUGCACAUCGAGCUCUCGGACGCCCGGCUGAGCCAAGUGAAGGGCUGGAGGGUGCCCAUCCUGCCGGACAGGAGGUCGGCGCGGGACAGUGAGCACGAGGAAGACGAGGAGGAGCGGAAGCAGAGCCGGGGCUGUGCCCUGCAGUACCAGCAUGCCACGCUGCAGGUCUUCACCCAGUUCCACACCACGGCGGCGGAGGGCACGGGGCAGGUGGUCACCAUGCUGGGACCCGACUGGCUGGUGGAGGUCACCGACCUGGUCAGCGACUUCAUGCGCGUGGAUGACCCACGGGUGGCCCACAUGGUGGACAGCUUCACGCUGGCCGGGAGGGAGCCGGGCACCACGCUCUUCAAGGUCGUGUCCCCGCUCAUGGAGGCGGUACUGGGCGAGACGCUGGUGACGGUGGCGGAGGAGAAGGUCAGCAUCACAGACCUGAAGGCCCAGGUGGUCUCCAGCCUCUCGCUGUCCCUCCACCCCAGUCCCGGCAACAGCCACACCAUCAUUGCCCGGACAUCCGUGCAGCAGACCCUCAGCUUCUUCAAGCAGGAAGCGCUCCUGAGCCUGUGGAUUUCCUACAGCGAUGGCACCACGGCCCCCCUCUCCCUCUAUGACCCCAAGGACUACAACCUGGUGGUGAGCAGCCUGGAUGAGAAGGUGGUCUCAGUGACCCAGGACCGGGCAUUCCCCUUGGUGGUGGCGGAGAGCGAAGGUUCAGGGGAGCUGCUGCGGGCUGAGCUGGUCAUCUGUGAAAGCUGUCAGAAGACCAAGCGCAAGAGUGUGCUCUUCACAGCCUUGGCCAGCGUGCGGGUCCACUUUGGGUCCGAGGAGGAUCCGACCUAUGACUAUGACCAUGUGUCCAGCAAGCCAGGGCUGGUGGAGACAGGGGCGAGCACCACUCUGCGGGCAGAGGUGGAGAGGAAAGUGGAGCCGAGCGAGGACGGUAGGAUGUCCAGCGCGUCUCACCCCACCGAGGACUUCCCCACUAUCCCCACUGGCUUCGUCCAGGUGACCAGGGGGCUGACGGACCUGGAGAUAGGCAUGUACGCCCUCUUGGGUGUCUUCUGUCUGGCCAUCUUGGUCUUCCUCAUCAACUGCAUUGUCUUUGUGCUGAAAUACCGGCACAAACGCAUCCCACCUGAAGGCCAGACCAACAUGGACCAUUCCCACCACUGGGUCUUCCUGGGCAACGGGCAGCCCUUGCGGGCUCACAGUGACCUCUCCCCUCAGCCUGAGAGCCCUGGGAACCCCCUGGAAAAUGUCCAGCCCUGCUGCCACGGGGACCACCACAGCAGCGGGAGCUCGCAGACCAGCGUGCAGAGUCAGGUCCAUGGUCGUGGGGACGGUUCCUCAGGGGGCUCCACGCGGGACCAGGGUGAGGAUCCGCUCAACUCGCCCACCUCCAAACGGAAGCGGGUGAAGUUCACCACCUUUGCCACGCUGCCCUCUGACGAGCUGGCCUACAACUCCAUCCCCAUUGCUGAUGAGGAGGACUUGGAGUGGGUCUGCCAGGACAUGGGGCUGCAAGACCCCGAAGAGCUUCACAACUACAUCCGCAGAAUCAAAGAGAUUGCUUAA